CUUCCUCAGUCUGUUUUAGCUUUUAUAAAGGAGGGACAGAGGUGGAAGAAGCAAGUGAGCAAGGGGUGAGAAGCAACUCAGAACUGUCUUAGACUCAGGGUGCGGAGCAGGUUGGUGGGUUGCCAUGGCAUCUGGACCUGACGUGAUGGCUCCCAUUUGUCUGGUGGAAAACAACAAUGAGAAGCUGUCAGUGAACCAGAAAGCUAUAGAGAUUCUUGACAAAAUUUCUCAACCAGUGGUGGUGGUGGCCAUUGUAGGGCUGUAUCGUACAGGCAAAUCCUAUUUGAUGAACCGUCUUGCAGGACAGAAUGAUGGUUUUCCUCUGGGCUCUACUGUGCAGUCUGAAACCAAGGGUAUCUGGAUGUGGUGUGUGCCUCACCCCUCUAAGCCUGACCGUACCCUGGUCCUUCUGGAUACUGAGGGCCUAGGGGAUGUGGAAAAGGGCGACCCUAAGAAUGACUCGUGGAUCUUUGCCCUGGCCGUGCUUCUGUGUAGCAGCUUUGUCUACAACAGCAUGAACACCAUCAACCACCAGGCCCUGGAGCAGCUGCAUUAUGUGACAGAACUCACAGAACUUAUAAGGACAAAGUCCUCCCCAGGGUCAGAUGAAAUAGAAGAUUCCACAGAGUUUGUGAGUUUCUUUCCAGAUUUUAUCUGGACUGUGCGGGAUUUCACCCUGGAGCUGAAGUUAAAUGGUUGCCCUAUCACAGAAGAUGAGUACCUGGAGAAUGCCUUGAAGCUGAUUCAAGGCAAGAAUCCCAAAGUCCAAGCAUCCAAUCUACCCAGAGAGUGCAUCAGGCAUUUCUUUCCAAAACGCAAGUGCUUUGUCUUUGACCGGCCAACAAAUGACAAAGUACUCCUAGCCAAUAUUGAUAAUGUGUUAGAAAACCAACUGGAUCCUAAAUUCCAGGAACAAACAAACAAUUUCUGUUGCUACAUCUUCACUUCUGCAAGGACCAAGACUCUGAGAGAGGGAAUCACGGUCACAGGGAAACGGCUGAGCACUCUGGUGGUGACCUAUGUGGAUAGCAUCAAUAGUGGAGCAGUGCCUUGUCUGGAGAACGCAGUGAGAACUCUGGCCCAGCUUGAGAACUCAGCAGCCGUGCAGAAGGCAGCUGACCACUACAGUGAGCAGAUGGCCCAGCAAGUGAACUUGCCCACAGACACGCUCCAGGAGUUGCUGGACCUGCACGCAGCCUGUGAGAGAGAUGCCAUUGCAGUUUUCAUGGUGCACUCCUUCAAGGAUGAAAACCAGGUGUUCCAGAAGAACCUUGUGGAAAUCAUAAAGAAUAAGAAGGAGGGUUUCUUGAGGCAGAAUGAAGAGGCAUCUGUUAAAUACUGCCAGGCUAAACUUGAUGAGCUUUCAAAGGCCCUAAUGGAAAGCAUUUCAACAGGAAUAUUCUCUGUUCCUGGGGGACACAAGCUCUACACGGAAACAAAAGAAAGGAUUGAACAGGACUAUCAGCAAGUGCCCAGGAAAGGAGUGAAGGGGAACGAGGUCCUCCAGAGCUUCCUGCAGUCGCAGGUGGCAAUAGAGAACUCGAUCCUGCAGGCAGAUAAAGCCCUCACUGAAGGAGAGAAGGCUGCAGCAGUGGAGCGGGCCAAGAAGGAGGCAGCUGAGAAGGAACAGGAGCUGCUAAGACAGAAACUACAGGAGCAGGAGCAGCAGAUGGAGGCACAAAAGAGGAGUCUCCAGGAAAACAUAGUCCAACUGAGAGCGAAGCUGGAGAGGGAAAGAGAAAACUUACUGAGAGAACAAAAGAUGAUGUUGGAACAUAAACUGAAGGUCCAAGAAAGUCUGCUUAAUGAGCAAUUUAGAAAGAAAGCUGAAGAGAUGAAUGCAGAGAUAAAUCACUUGAAAAAUCUGACUGAUAGUACUAAAAAUGAUGAAACCCCCUGGAUUGCACGAACCUUGGACAAACUUGGUGAUGAAAUCACUUCAAUAUUGUCUGCUCCUGCCAAACUUCUUGGUAGUGCUGUGAAAGGCUUGGGCUCACUAUUGAAGAAGUAGCUCUCUUUUUAAAGAAAUUAUACAGUGUGGAUAUAUGCUCUGACCUAUUUUUGGUUGUGUGCUUUUCGCUUUUAUUCAGCAAAUUUUAAACAUAAAAAGUAGCUACUAGAGGAUAUCAAUGCACAGCCCACAUUAGAUAGAAUAAAUGCACAUACACAUUGACAUAGCUGGUUCACUUUUAAGAAAUAUACAUGUGCAAAAUACUGCCUCAAUGGACCUAUAGUAUAUACAUUGAGCCAGUGCUUUUAACGGCAAAAGUUGGUAACUACUUAAAUAUCCAUUUAUAUAAAUUGGUAAUAUGUAUACUGGAAUACUAUGUAGCUAGUAAAAUAAAUUGAGUGGAGCUUUAUUUGUAUGAAUAUAAAACAAUCUUGAAAAUAUAUUGUAAAUUGAAAAAAUGAGCUGGAAAACAAUGUGUAUAAUGUGUUCACCAUAAAAAAUAUAAUUAUUAUGUGCAAUAAUACAUAUGAAUGCAUAGAAUAUCUCUGGAAAGAUUAAUUAGGAGCUGGUAACAUUGGUUUCUUCUGGAUAGAACUGGGUGGGAUUAAGGGUAGAAGAAAUGCCUGCUUUUCAUUAUAUACUCUUGUUAAGAAAGCUUGUAUUACUAUUUCAUAAAUAAAUAACAAAGAAAAUGUAAAGUAUAAUGCUAAUAAUGAUAAUAAUAAAAGGAAUGUGAAAUUGA